UUGAAAAAAAAAAAAACAUUAACAUGUAUUUCAAAAACAUUGUACUGUUAUUCUGCGUGACGUUAUACUUUUUGCAAUGUCAGGGUGAUCGCCCAACUCGUGGGGAGCGUGAAAUCAUUAGUGGCAUAGUCAAGAAAUAUAAAAAGAGACAUGGCACAGGUAUCGAAGAAAAUGGCAAUCUGUUCAUAAACUUCAAAGGUGUAAAAGAUGUUAUUAUAGAAGUAUCACAGGUACUUUACGGAUACCAAAUGCCUCCAAGUCUUGAAAAACUGAAAAAGACAGGAUCAAAAUAUAAAUUCACAUUAUUGGAAGUUCAGCGAUACGUCAAAGAUUACUUACGAUUAAAGAAGUUAAGUCCGGCAUUAUUGGAAAUAGUAAAGCUACUCUUCUCUCAGUACGAAAAGCCACAAAGCAUAAACUUUGAAGAUUUAAAAGAUCUAAUUGGCAAAGUACAGGCGGCUAAUGCCAAUGCCAAAUUUGUGUAUCUUAAGUACCCGAAAACGGCAAUACCGUACAAAAUGGAAAAAUCAGUAUACAAGUUUACUAGGAAGGAAGUUGAAUCCAUCGUCAUUCAUUAUUUGUAUGCUAUAUAGUUUGAUUUACUUAUUAACUUUUAUUAAAUAUAUACAUUAGGGAGGUCGUUAAUUUCGAUUUUAAGGAGCGAAGUAUAGAAAUAAGUUUGAAAUGUCGGGGAAAAAAAUGC